AUGGCUGGGAUUGGCGGGAUCGGUGUGAUCGGUGGCGCGGCGCCUCUUUCUGAGGCUCUCGUCUCCUCCAUUCUUCCCGCAUCCCUUCGCGCUCUCCCCGCGCCCGCCCUCUCGCCGCGCUGCACGGGCUGCGCGCUCGCUGCUGCUGCGCUGCUGCUCGUCGCGUCGCUCCUCCUCGCCCUCCAAACCACGCUGCUCCACCCCGCACAGCAGCGCGACCCCGUUGACUCGUUUGACUCCCUUGACCGCAGCUCCUCGCAGCCCUCUGCCACGUGGCCAUGGCGCUGGUCUCCGUGGGCAGGUGGAACUCUCCCCUCACGACCACAUGCAGCAGUAGUUGAGGCAGAAGCAACAACGGAGGAGUCAGCAGGAGGAGGAGCAAGGGGAGGGCGUUUUGGGGUUGUGGAGCGGAACUGGGGAGGGGAGUAUUGGGGAAGAGGAUUUGGUGCUGGCAGUGGUGGCGGUGCUGCUGCUGCUGUUGCUGCUGCUGGUGGCAGGGACGAGAGCGAGAUGGAAGAUGGCACACCAAGGGCGUCCGUGCAGGCCAUUCUGUUCACCUUCUCCUCCUCCUGGCUCGCAUCACAAGGCCCCUCCGACCAUCAAGCACAGCGCAGGGGCGGAGGGGAGGAAGCCGGCAGCGCGGAGAGCAGUGGCAAUGGCAGCGGGGACAUGGGCCAUGGGGGCGGGGAGGGAGGCAGCAGCAGCGGGGGAGGCAGUGGUGGGAGUGAGAGGAGCAGCAGUGACGUGGAUGCGCACAUGAGCCUGGAGCUGCUCCAGUGCCUGCAGCGCACUUCCUCUCCUUGCCCCAGCAGCACCCCUUAUUGCCACUUUCCUUCCAACGAUGACAGACAGUGGGUGGAGUACUGGGUGCGGGCGGGCGUGCAGGCAGUGCUGUGGGCGGACGUGCUGUCAUGGGAGCACGUGGACCCCGCCCAUCCCACCAGGGACGCCCUCGCCCACAUGCACGCACAGAAGCAGGCGCUGGUGCGGGCGUACGAGGGGGAGGGGCGAGUGGCGUUUCAUCGCGAGGUGAUGGGCGUGGGCAGCACGAGGGCGCACGUGGUGGAGCGCGUGGUCGCCAUGGCAGCUCACAAGACCUCCGCAGAGUGGCUGCUGAUUGCUGACUCGCCACGCGCCUUCCUCUCCCCGCCCUCGCACCCUCGCGCUGGCUUCCUCUCCCGCUUCCUGGCGCAGCAAUCAGAGCAUGUGGUGCAGAUGCGCCCGUCCCUGUCAUACCUCUCAUCCCAACCGCUGCUCCUGCCCUUCACCUUCUCCCCCCGCUCCCUGUUCUCCCAUGCUCCUGUCACCGAUGCUCUUCUGGAUCCCGAUGAGCAAGAGCAAGGGAGCGCGGGCGAUGAGAAUGGAGGAGGAACGGACGUGGAGGAGGGGAGAGCAGACGGGGAUGGGGGAGAGAUGGACAGGAUUCACUCGGAGGGGCAAGAGAUGGAAGGUGGGGAAUCAAGAAUGGGGGAGAUACGCGCAGAGGAUCUUAGAAGGAACGAGGAAUUACCCAGCGCUGUCACUGCUGCUGCUGCUGCGGGCGCAGGUGCUGCUAAUGGUGGUGCUCCUGCUGCCGGUUCCGGCGCCAAAGCUGGCAUGUCGACUGGCAAAAAAAAUAACCCUCUGAUGGCUGUGCAGCAUUGCUUCCGCCCACUGGCCUCUCUUGCUCCCAUGGGCGCCAGAGGAGUAAGGGGAGGAGGGGAAAGCUUAGAUGGAGGGGUGGAUGGCGGCAUGGGGGAAGUAACGAGUGGGUCUGAAGAGGAGGGCCAGCCGACAGCGGUGCUGGUGAUGGCAGUGCGAGCAGGUGCUGUGCGCGCAUUGACACCGAAACGAGACGUGCAGCACCACCGCCGGCGCCACGAUGAUUAUGAUGAUCGUGACAGUGCUGAUGCUCAUGCUGCUGGCGCGGCUGGUGCUGACGGUGCUGCUGCUGGGAACAGGUCUGCCCUCGCCCACCUGCUUUUCUCCUCGCCAUCAGAUGUAACUGGCAAGACAGCCCAGCAGCAGCAGCCAGUGCAGCAGCAGGCGGAGGCACAGCAACUGGUUGCAGUGCUGCUGUCAGCCCAUAGCGCUGGCAGCAGUAGCAACAGCAGCAGCGGUGGCAGGGGCGAUGGGAUGAAAGCAGCAGUGGAGGCAGCAGGCGGUGCAUGUUCCGAUGGUUGGAUGGACGGCACCCACCCAGGCGGUGGGCUCCUGGAGUUCCAGGCUGCAGCACGGGCAGUGUUCCCGCGGGUGCGCAUGCAGGCAGCACGGGUGGCAGCAGCCGUGGUGCACGGAGCAGUGCAGCGCCUGCAGGCACUCGUGCAGCGCAUGCAGCAGCAGCUCAACGACGCUGAGAGGGCUGUGGAGAAGAGGACGAAUCUAUCCGCCAUCUUCGCCAGUGUGUUGCAACCGUACAGCAGCGCGCCCCUGGGAGCAGCCACUGCUGACAGCACCAUCUCUACCGGCAGCACCGCUAGAACUAACUCCAGCAUCGAUGUGCCUGCACCAGCAGCAGGUGCAGCAGGGGAAGGUGGCAGCAGUGUGAUUUUCCUUGCAGCGAUGGCGUAUGCGAGGGUGUAUCGAGAGGACCGGUUCAACUUCUCGGCGUAUGAGAUCUGGCAGUGGUUGGAGUAUGGGCGGUAUGCAGGGGUGCAGCAUGUGUUCUGGUACGACACUGCACACUCGCAGGAAGAGAGCCAGGAGGCAGCUCUGGCACCAUACGUGGGGGCAGGUGUGGUGACAUACCACCGCUUCUACCGCCUCUUCCCUGAGUGGCACGACAUUCACUACGAGCAGGACUCCUCCGUCUCACACUUCCUCAAGACGUACGGCCCACGGGUGCAGUGGGCGGUGCUGUGCGACAUAGACGAGUACAUGUUCAGCCCCUCCGACACGCUCCCUGGCUUCCUCCUGCGCUUCCUCACCCGCCACGUGCUGCCCGCCAGCAAUGCCACGGCUCAG